AUGACGGCAUAUCCGCUAGGAAAUGGAAAACUUGGAGCAAUGCCGCUUGGGGUGGUAGGGGAGGAUAUCGUGGUACUCAACGAACAUAGUCUUUGGGCCGGAGGCCCUUUCCAGAGUCCGGAUUACAUUGGCGGCAACCCACCGGCUCCGGUCUAUACGGCCCUUCCCGGCAUUAGAGAGACGAUUUGGAAGACUCAAAUCAACAAUGACAUCAGUGCUCUGUAUGGGGAUCCUGCAUACUACUAUUAUGGCAACUACGAGACCCUAGGCAAUCUCACCGUCAACAUUGCGGGAGUCAGCAAAUACACAUCUUAUAACCGCGCGCUGGAUCUUGAAACUGGCAUUCACACCACCGAGUUCAAGGCAAACGGGGCCAAGUUCACCAUAACUACCUUUUGCACGUUCCCCGACCAAGUCUGCGCUUACAACAUCCAGUCCAGCAAGCCGCUCCCUGCUGUGACAAUUGGACUGCGGGACUCUUUACGAAGCAACCCAGCGUCCAACCUGACUUGCGACGCGAAUGGAGUGCAUUUGAGAGGCCAAACCCAGCAGGAUAUUGGCAUGAUCUUUGAUGCCCGCGCCCAACUCAUCAACCGACCUAAGCGAGCGACGUGCACGUCAUCUCAUGGUCUCUCCGUUCCGUCGGACGGCAGAACGACUUCUCUCACUGUCGUGUACGCUGCUGGGACCAACUAUGAUCAGAAGAAGGGAACCAAGGCGAGCAACUACUCUUUCAAGGGCGUCGACCCAGCGCCAGCUGUUCUCUCGACGAUUAAGAAGGUCUCCCAAAAGAGCUUCAAUAGCAUGUAUAAUGCGCAUAUAAAGGACCACAAUGGUUUGUUCAGCCAAUUCAGCCUGGACCUCCCAGACCCCGAGAAGUCGGCUUCCGUGCCGACGGCGACGCUGAUGGAAAAUUACGACUACGACCUCGGCGACCCAUUUGUUGAGAAUCUCCUCUUCGACUAUGGAAGGUACCUUUUCAUCGGCUCCUGCAGAGAUGGGUCGCUGCCUCCCAAUCUGCAGGGUAUUUGGACGGAAUCGCUCACUCCGGCCUGGAGCGCAGACUAUCACGUCGAUGUGAACGUCCAGAUGAACCACUGGCACACUGAGCAAACUGGCCUUGGAGAGAUUCAGGGCCCCCUGUGGGACUUCAUCAUCGAUACAUGGGUGCCUCGAGGAACAGAAACAGCUGCAUUGCUGUAUGACGCCCCAGGAUUUGUUGGAUUCAGCAACCUCAACACAUUCGGUUUCACGGGCCAAAUGAACGCCGCUGUGUGGUCCAACUACCCAGCCUCUGCUGCUUGGCUGAUGCAAAACGUCUGGAACCGAUACGACUACAGCCGCGAUACGCACUGGUGGAAGACGGUCGGAUAUCCUCUCAUGAAAUCCAUUGCCGAGUACUGGAUCCACGAGAUGGUGCCCGAUCUGUAUUCCAACGACGGCACCCUCGUCGCGGCUCCUUGCAACUCACCGGAGCACGGCUGGACGACAUUCGGCUGCACACACUACCAGCAGCUCGUGUGGGAAGUUUUUGACCAUGUGAUCGAGGGCUGGGAAGCCUCAGGCGAUAAGAACACCACGUUCCUCGAGACCGUCAAGGAGACCCAGUCGAAGCUGUCUCCAGGAAUCAUCAUUGGCUGGUUUGGUCAAAUCCAAGAAUGGAAAAUUGGUUGGGAUCAACCCAACGACGAGCAUCGCCACCUUUCCCACCUCGUCGGCUGGUAUCCCGGCUACAGCAUCGGCACACACAUGUGGAAUAAGACCGUCACAGACGCCGUCAAUGUCAGUUUGACAGCCCGAGGCAACGGCACGGCAGACUCAAACACCGGCUGGGAGAAAGUCUGGCGAGUCGCCUGCUGGGCGCAGCUCAACAACACUGACAUCGCGUACACAUACCUCAAAUAUGCCAUUGACAUGAACUACGCAAACAACGGCUUCUCCGUCUACACCACAGGCAGCUGGCCAUACGAGCUCGCAGCGCCCUUCCAGAUCGACGCCAACUUUGGAUACAGCGCUGCCGUGCUGGCGAUGCUCAUCACCGACCUGCCAGUUCCGUCUGCGUCCAAGGCUAUCCACACCGUCAUCUUGGGGCCGGCCAUUCCGCCAGAGUGGAAGGGCGGCUCUGUUCGGGGCAUGCGUAUCAGAGGCGGAGGAUCCGUCGACUUUUCGUGGGACGAUAAUGGCUUGGUAAAUAAGGCGAAGCUGCACAACCAUAAGGAGGCGAUUAAGAUCGUCGAUGUGAACGGCAAGGUCUUGAUUCAUCAGUGA